GCCCGCGGCCCCUCGCCGACGGAUGCGAUGGCUCCGCCCGGGCGCGCUCCUGGCGCUCCUCUCGGCGCUGCUGAAGUGCGGCGCCUUGGGCCUCAGGCCCGCCGGGAGUGCUUUGCCGAGCCGAGAGGGCGAUGACGGCACCGACCGCGGCACCGGCCGCCCGAUCGGGGCCGCCGCCGCGUCGAGCGCCAACCGCACGGACCGCGCGAGGGUGGCGGCGAUCUACAUUUCUGGCGCCACCAAGGGCCAGCGGCAGGUGCGGCCCAUGGACUCCCUGAGGAAGCCGAUGCACAAGAGCAAGGGCAGCCACGGCGCUGGAGGGCGGGAGGAACGGAGGCCGAGCCCGGCUGGCCCCAGGAUCAGCAUCGAGCAGGCCAGGCAGCUCCUCAACGCGAGCGACCUCAACCUCGCUGAGCUGGUCCAGGGCCUCGUGCCGCGGCCAGGCCGAAUCAACAUGGCGCAGGGGCGCUCUCCAUACAUCGGCUUCGCGGAGCAGGACACCGAGGUCUCCAUGGACCAGGAAGAGAUAGCGGGCGCAUGGAUGACACCAGAGUUGUCUAGCCCUCUGAACUUGGAUGCGGAGCACUUGGCCGAAAUCCCCCUGGACGAGGUGAAGCAGGCGGUCUCCGACGCCGUGGACGAGGCCCUCCGGAAGGCCCAGAUGACAGCAGUGACGAACCAUACCUCCCUCUCGAUCGAGGAACUCAAGAGGGUGGUGGAUGCGGAGACUUCUUCUGCCGUCGAUGCUCUGCAGGCGUCCACACAGAUGACCAGGUUUAAGAGGAAGGCAUGGAACGCCUCUCCGCCGGGCAUCAAGAACUUCUUUCGUUCUGUCGAGAUCCUGGAUUGGUGCAUGUUCUCAGUGCCGGUCGUAGUCUUCUUGAUGCACCACUACCGGACGCUCCAGUCGCCCAGCAGCAAGUCCUUCCACUCCGUGGCGGCGCUGUGCUGGAUCGCCGUGGCGGGGCUGUACAACUACGUCGUCUUCCAACGGUUCGGCUCCACCGGGGGCAUCCUGUGGCUGAACGGCUACAUCUUGGAGCUGGAGGCAAUGUCCACCAAUGUCUGGUUAAACAACGGCACCAAGGGGGGCUUGCUGAUUGUUCGGGGAACAUAA